CUACUGAUUCAAAAAUAAAUCUCAACCGAUCACCCCUAUUACGAUCAAUCUUCCAACAUUAUUUUAAACGAGCCUGCAUACAGACCAAACUUAAGUACUACUGCAAUAAGAAAAAGACAAGAUGUCCUCAUCAAUUCAACAAAACCCAUCUCCCCAAAACAUGAAAGAAGAAGUCUUGUUGAAGAUUCCUGGUUGCAUAGUCCAUCUCGUUAAUGCAUCCGAACCGUUAGAGCUCGCCUCCGGGGAGUUCAAGCUUGUAAAAGUUUCUGCAAACGAUUACGUGACCCUAGCAAUGCUUGUCAGAGUCGGACUUGACCUUCAAUGGCCGGUGGUUAAGGAAGAGCCGAUGGUUAAAGUCAACGCUCGUGAGUACCUCUUCACGCUUCCAGACAAAGACGGUGAUUCACUUGGAUACAAAGUGACUUUCUCUGGCGAAGAGGGAGACAUUUUAAAGAAUAUUGAGGUUCUUGAAGAAUUGAUGAGGGAGGAUUCUUGCUUUUCAUAUUUGAGUAAGACUAAAAAUGAAAUUGAUUGGAAAGAGUUUUCGCCGAAUGCGGAAGAAUACAAAAGCGCUGUGGCCAAGGCCAUCGCUGAAGGAUCAGGUCAUAUCAUCAAAGGAAUAUUCAGUUGUAGCAAUUCUUUCUCUAAGAAGGUGUAAUUUCUCUCUCAUAUAACUGCUUCCUUCCGGUGAUGCUAAUGCAAAUAUGAAUCCAAAUGAUUUUUAUUAGAAUCAUGAGCUUUUAACUCAAAAACCGGUUGAUCAUAAGUGGAAGUACUUAUCAUAUUUAAAAGUAAGAUAACUAGGUGGGUGUUAUGUGGAUAGAUUUUAAAAGUUUUGUAUAUUAUACUAUUGUAUAAUUUAUGGGAAUAGCUUGCUUCACUUUACGGAUUUUCCGUAUAUACAUGUCUCUUCUCAUUGUCAGAUUUGAGAUUUUUAAAACACGUGUAUAUAUGAACAUGGAGAUCGAAUAUGGUUAUAAUAACUUAUAACUGAUCUAAUAAAAACAGGUUCAGAAGGGAGGAAAUGAAAUAAUUAUUACAAAAGAGACUGAGGAACAACAGAGUGGUCAUCAUCAUGAAGCACAAAUAAAUGGAGGUGAUAACAAUAGAACUCCGAAGAAAAAUAAUAUCAUCACAAAUAUUGAAAGGUAUACCACAUUUUGUUGUUUUCUUUUCUCCAAAACGGGUAAAAGUAUAUAUUAAAUCAAAUAAUAAAAUUUUGGUUCUCGUCUCAUUUUUAUUAGCUAAAUAAUGGUUCCUUUGUUGAAUGUUACGUGUAUUGUAUAUAGAGUGGAGACACUAUGGAAGGCGAGCGAGACGAUAGGAGCAACGGUGUUAGACGGUGAAGAUAUGAUUAGCGGUUUGAUGAUGGCUCCUGUGCUUAAAUCGAAGCUAGGGAAGGCGUUGCUAUCCACUGCCCCAGG